UUUUUCAUCACUAAUCACUAAUGCCACACGAUAAAUACAAGCGAAGCGGCUAAAUAAAUUAAUACAGGCAGCAACAAUUGCAAACACAGUCCGAUGAGCUUAAACAUCGACAUGUCAGAAAUUAUUGAAUUCGUAUUGCCCUCGAAAUCAGAAUACUCCGAGCAGAACAACGAUGGUGGCGGCGACGACGACGAUACGGAUGGCAACAAUCACUAUGUAGUCCUAGAUGCUGUGGAUGUCGGAAGAGAUUUUAAAAAUGAAGAGUUCCUGUUAAUAAACGAUGAUGGGACCGAAGGGCAGUUGCUCAUCGACAAUGAUCAGUUGCAUCAACAACUGGUCAAUUAUCCCGAGCUUCAGCAGGCCAUGAUGCGCGUCCCAAAAGACGAGCCAUUCGAGAAUGUGCAGUAUAUGGAGGCGGAACAGUUUCCAGAUGAUCUAGAUGAUUUAGUCGAGGAGGAGGAAGAAGAGGAUGAAGAUGGUACGCAGGUUGAGGAACAGUACGAGCAAUAUGAACAAUAUGAAGAAGGUGUGGAACAAGACCAGCAGAAUUUUGAAUGGAACUACGUACAGACACCCUCACCACAAUCAGAAUCUGUUGCAGUCGAGCUUGAAUCGACGGCAACUACGACGACGAUGUCAGCAGCCCCCAGGACUUCAGUACAGGUCACCCGCAAUAAGUCAAAGCCCAAUCCACAAAGUCUGGUGCGGAACUAUGUAACGCAUUCGCUAAUAGAUGACAGCGAUGCCUAUGAGGAAAUGGAUGCGUCAGACGUGCAGGAAAGCGAGGAGCCGGCACAAUUGGCUAAACCCAGUGAAAAGAUGUUAGACCUAUUCAAGGGACCCCGUCGAUACUUGCUAUUCGACGAACUGAUUGCCACCAUUGUGGACUUUGAUGAAGAUGGUACGCCUAUUGUAGAGUUCUCUAUGAUUGGCAGUGUACAUGAUGAAAAGCUGCCGGUUGAGUGCGGCAUCUGCCCCGAUGUCAUGCACAAAUCCAAACUGUCCAAGCAUCAAAAGACGCACAUGGUACCUGGCACAAACCGCUACGCGUGUAUCUACUGUACCGAAACGUAUCGGGAUUGUAAAUACUUGGCCGGCCAUGCCCGACGUCACAUGGGCAUCCGGCCAUAUGUGUGCGAGCCCUGCAAGCUGUACUUCUCCACCAAGCAGGAUUUGCGCGUACACAACCAGCGUCGGCAUUUGGAGAAGGAGCACAUAUGCGAAAUGUGCGGCAAAACCUUUGCACAGAACACACAACUCAAGCGGCACCGCGAAGCGACUCACGAGAAAAAGCGCCGAUUCCAAUGCCAAUACUGCCAGAAAGCCUAUUACAAGAACUUCUCACUGCAGGAGCACAUACGAAACGUACAUAUGGGCAAGCGGCGAAUGCUGAAGUGCCCGUUCUGUGGCAUGCAAUGCCGGGAUGCACACAAAAUGGCACGACACCGAAAAGAGAUGCAUCUGAAUCAGGACACGUAUGUGUGUCAUCUCUGCCAGGAGGAAUUCACAGACAUCAACUACUUCGAUGCGCACAAGCGCUCAAUCCAAUGCCGAAGUAAUACACGCCGCCUGGUCAAUGAAGAUGAAAGCCGUACACCCAACGAGGAUGGUGACAUCAUGGGCGAAUGCAAUGAGCUGCCGGGCAUGCUAGAAGAAGACUAUGACGAGGAUGCCGGUCUGCUUGUUGAAUCAGCGGACACCAAUGGCGUCGAAGGCAUCGAUGGCGUUGGCGGCGAUGCUGAUGAAGAGCAAGCCCGCAACGAAGCCAUCUACGAAACAGUCAAUGGCAACUUUUUACACGAGGAGGUAGAGGAUGAGCAGCCAUAUGUGCAGCAGUUCGAUCAAAGCAAUUACGAGGAUGAGGGCUUGCUCGUCGAGCAGGUGGCCGAAGAUGAGCACUCCGAGGAGGUACUGGAAGAUGAUGAACAGUAUCUGGAGCCUGCUCUUGACCAGCAAACACAACAGAGGCAGCAGUACCAACCGGUUGGCCAGGAGUAUAAUGACGACGAAUUGAUUUAUGAAAUCACAUUGGAGACUGAGGAUAACUGAGCAAUUGUGCCAGCCAGCCAUCCCCCCUCCCCAUCAACCCUUGGCAAACAUUUUGUAAAUAGAAAUGAGGAAAUAGAUAUAUAAAUGUAUGUACAUACAUAGAUAUAUGUAUGUGCGCUUUAAACAAUUCCACAAAAUUGUGUAUUACGGUUCAAUAAAGCGCAUUUGCUUGCUGGUUUUUAAAAUUUUAAAA